CGCGAGUGCCGUCCUCCUUCCUCUCGUUUCCUCUCCUCUCCUCUCUAACAGCCUCCGUCGUUCGCUGUCGUAUCUGCCAAAAGAAAUUGUGACGCAUCAGAAUGCGUGCCGUACGAAGAGAGCAAUUUAAAGGGCACUCGAGAGCGGUCGAGGGGGGAGAGAGAAGGGAGAGGGUGCCACGCGUCCACGCCGUGCGGACCGUCGUCGACGAAUGGACGCUAGGUCGGCCCCCGACGUGAUCGUGAGCCAAGCUCGCGUGACCGCCGUUCCGGCAUUCCCUGUAGUUGCAUGCGAAAAAAAAAAUAGGGCGAAAAGCGUAGCGAGCGAUAAAUUCCUACGGGAAGGAAGGUCGGGAGGAAGAUUGCAUAACGCCACGUUCCCUCUCCCUACGUCCAUCGCCACCUUUCGGCCCUCCUACCCCUUUCUUCCCUUUCUCUUGCGCGCGCGCGUGUGUCUCCCCCUUGUCCUUUUUCUCCCCUCUGUCAGCUUUUCGUGCCUCUUCUUCUUCUUCUUUUUCUUUAGGGAUGUCACCUCGUAUCGAUAUCUAAUUAAAGGCUGCCCGAUAAUCUUUUUUUAUCACGCCUGUCGCCGCUCCCUGGUGAGGUACGUGCGGUAACGUCGUCGUCCCCACGACCUUUCGCUCCGGCAUCCGGCGUCGGGAAAGGAUCGCACGCGGUACGUCGCGCGACAUCGAUCCGCGCGCGCCUCUUCUCUCUCUCUCUCACACUCCUGUUUUUUCCCUCCGCGGGAUUAUGUAAAGCAGGCAGUACUGGACGCCGGCCAGGACGUUGACUGCUCGUCUUCGUGACGUUGGAAAUUGUUUCUCCGUUAGGACAAAAAGAGGAGGAUUGUCCGUCGUCGUCGUUCCGGUUGCCGGAACACCGAGGACUGCCAUCGCGCUGGUGGUGUGUUCAACGACGGUGCACGACGACAGGUGCGCGUGACACGAGGAGAGACAGCCAUGAACGUUACCAGCAACGACCUUCCGGUGCGGCGAUGCAGCACGACGUGCCUCGCGUGACUCGCGCCGGUCACGAGUAGAGAGGAUCGGGCCUCCUCUUCCUCCUCCUCCUCCGCCACCACCUUCGUCUCACCACCACCCUCGCGAGUUAAGUACAGCGACGGCGGCGGCGGCGGCGGUGGCGGCAACGACGACGACGACGACGACGACGACAACGACGACGACGACGACAACGACGACGACGACGAUCACCACCAGCAGCGGUGCAACGCGCUGGCCCGUCUCUCCUCCUAUUUAGCUCCCCGCGUUUGCGGGGUACAAUCCUUACGACGAGGACACGCACACCAGGGUGGCACGAUAGUAUGACGGUGAUGCUGCUGCAACGUUCAGUCACCCCGCAGUCGACGCACAGCCAAAAGACAGCGACGAAGGACUGCAGCGCGAAGCCGCCCUUUCUCUUUCUGCUGGACGACCGUGAGGAGCAUCGGCACUCGACCGAUACCAACACCACGACGACCACUACAAACAACAACAAUAACAACAACAAUAAUAAUAAUAAUAACAACAACAAUAACAAUAACGUCAAUAACAAUAACGUCUUCAAAAGAGGCGACCGGAGGAGCAACAGCCGCGAUCACGUCGCCGACGAGGCGCCGUCGUCGGUGACGUCCCAACGACUCGCCGGCGGUGGUCAGGACGUCGCGAUGCGAUAUUAUCGCCUCUGGAUCUACGCCUGUAACCUGGUGCUGCUCGGUAGCGCGAUCGGUUUCGCCGCCGCGGUGUCGCAGACCCUCCUGUUCACCAGCGAUCCACGUAGACACGUGGUGCCGGGUGUACCUCGCGCCUACGACCCCACCGCGCUCUACGGCUAUCUCGCACUGACGGCGCAGCUAGGCCUGGUGCAGCUGCUCGGUUGCAUCGCCGCCAGGCGACUAAGCGCCCGGCUGCUCCACGUCUACUGGAUAUUACUGCUGAUCCUGCUGUUUGGCGACGCCGUCGUCGGCGUCGCCUGGAUCUUCCGCUUCGAGAAGAUGCGCGCCGACCUCAGGCCCACGCUCAGGCUACGUUUGCAGAUGGACUACGGUAAGGAGCCGCGGUUCACCGAGCAAUGGGACCGACUUCAGCGGGAGUUCAUGUGCUGCGGAGUGACCGGGCCCAGGGAUUUUGGACAAGAAAGAAGAGAGUGGUCGCAAUCCUGCUGCGGGCCCAGCAUGAACGCGAGCGAGUCCUGCAUGCAGCCUUACGUGCGCGGCUGCGAGGAGACGCUCUUACGCUGGCUCAGGAAGACGGCGGACCUGCUGUUCGUCCUGGGCUUCUGCGUCAUCACCUUUACCAAGCUCUGCUUCCUCGGCAUUCUGCGCUACGAGAUACGGGAGAUGAUACAGAAAAUACGAUUGCUGAGGGAGCCGCCGCCGCCGGCCACGCCGUUCGCGCAACCGCCCUUUUCCCAGGUGCUGCCGGAAACAGCCAACAACGGUAGCAUCGUGAGACGCACAACAUUGCCUAACGCAGUCAUGCCUUCCGGCAACGCCUCGCUGUUGCUGCAAUCGGACGAUUGCAGCACCGGCCGGCAUCCACUGUUGGCGAACAAUCUGCAAGACGGCGGUGCCGACAGCGACACGAACAGCCACUGCGCGCUGAUACUCGAGGAAUCAACGCCUACCUCGGCGAACAAUCACAACAGCUGCGCGGCCGGCGGCGGCCGUGAGAAGAGCAACGGUAACAACAACUACGAGAUGCGUGAGUUUAACCGCAGGCUGCUGCUGUCGAACGGCACCAGCCCGGGCACAGGCGUAACCGUAACGGGCGGUCAGAGUAGGCGCACCUGACUAUGGAGAUGGUGGCGAAGCACCUCGAACCGUUUCCUGUACAGGAGCAAUCGGCGGCGCGCCGACAUACCGCUAUACAAGUAAAAGAACGACAACCCUCUGUCAGACACUUCAGCUUCUUUUUUAAGAGAGUAACACAUAGCCAUACACUCAGCGAGCUACUGGCUGGCGCGAGUCCAAGGAACGGUGCGAUAUACAUGAGGAAACGUCGUCGCGUUCGCAUUCGCACGCGAAAUUGGCGAGAGUGUGAAGGGGGUUGACAACCGCUGCGCAACUUGUACUCUAUAGCUCACCCCUCACCUACCUCUCACCCUCGAGGUCUUACCGCUGAUUCGCGAUAGUGCGCACUUAAUACGUAACACCGAGGGAAGACCGAACGGCGAUGGAUGGCGUUAGACGGUGAGAUACACACACAAACACAAACACACACACACACACACGCACACACACACGCGAGAGAGACCAAGCAUUCACGAAUCGAUAUCACUGUGGACUAUACAAUUAAUAACGAAAGAACCAAAUCAAAAACAUAUACAGUAGUGCGACAGAGAGAAAGAGAGAGAGAAAAGAGAGCUAUCUCCGUUUUGUAAGGUAAAAUUUGCAAAAGGGCAUUUAAAUUCGCGCACAUCGCGGGCGAGAGCGAAACUCCCUCGAUCUGAGGGUGAAAAAAGAGAAACAGAGUGUGAAAGAGAGAGAGAGCGCAAUCCGAGGUUGAAACGUCGUUGCCCUAUGAUUCCUUAAAACGAGCGGCGAGCAACUCACCCCGCGUGAAAGACAGUUCGAAGAAACUACAUUCUAUUUACGGCCCAUACUCUCAUAGUCGUAUGCUAAUUUCGUCAUCGUCGACGUCGAGCUAUAGAGGGUAGGUACACGCUAAUUUUAAAUGACCGUUAGAAACCACUUUCUUUAGUCUCCUGACUUUUAUAGAAUUAAUCCGCCGCUUUACCACGCGAGCUUUCGCUGUGUUUGUGUGAUGCGCGCGCGCUUAGACAUCGGCGGGUUGCUCAUUAACUGCCUCGUGCUCUCCUCGCAAGUACAUGUGUACACCUUACAUGCCUUUCCGUCCUCGCAUGGUCGGUGUGCAUAACUACUUUUGCAAAUUUAUUUUUAGCCGCGAAACUUUCUUGCGUUACUCACACAUCCGAAUAAAAGCCGUCAUCGAUCGUGUCAUUGGUGUGACGCGGGAGGAUAUCGUCCGUCGUUUCUCAUGUAAAGAUAACGUUCAACUCACGCCGGUAGUAUGUCACAGUCGAGUGUAACUAUCGUCGCCUAUAAACGACACACGAAGCUCCUGUUCCCGUUGGAUUGUCUCUGGACCGACAGUUCUGUCGAGUUAAUUAAAGACUCUGAGCCAGUAAUCGGAUAUACUUCGUGGAUCGCGUUUCUGUCUGGCAAAACGUUAUCUCGAUGGUACGUACAGAGAGAUCUAUUUCCUUUCCACUUUAUAUCGCCAAGAUCUCUCGCUCUAAUAUUUCUCAUUCGUUUUUUGAAUCCGCGCAUUACGCGUUUCAAUAUUAUUAUAUCGCAAAAUAAUAAAAAAUUUAGCAAAUUUAGUUUAGCAGAGUUAAUAGACAUUUUUGUAACCAGAAAGUCAACAAUGAUUCAAGACUCAUUAUUAAUUUCUGACUUUUGUCCGACUUGAGGAAGCUUCAGGCUAUAUUGAAACUUUAUGACUUUACGCGUUCUUUUAAUAAUGUAGAAAAUUUGUAUGUCUAGACAGCUUACUACUUCCAGGUAGUAAGCUGACGUCAAAAUGACGACAGCGUCAGUUUGCUACCUGGGUACGCUUCACAGAAACAUUGCCAUCUAACCAGCUAACGAAUCGCAUGACUCAUUAAGUUCCAUAACGAUUCUUAUACCUUCAGAGACAAUUACGAGUUAGUUACGGGAUAAUAUUGCGAGAUACUACUGCCAAAUUAAUCCUUCUCCCCUUCUGCGAUAAAAUGAAUGUAUGUCUAGACACACCAAUCUUAAUAAUGAAGUAGUUUCCUCGUUAAUAAUACGGCAGAGAAUUAAAGGGAAGGAGAGAUUUUCGAUGUAGGCGACGAUUGAACAAUUCCCAAUACGCUUUUACAUACACAUCUAAAAGAUACACGUCACGCAAAUAGCUUAUACCGAUACGUUCCCUGUAACUGGACCAUCAUUCUUGGACUAAAACAAGGACCGGAGUUAUUUCAUUCAAUGUUGCAAACUGUUCUCCUCCUAUUUUUUUUCCGCACACCUCAUACGCCUUUCCGGUGUCCUAAUGAUGAGGAUCCGUCUUGUAAGCGACAAAGAUAGCGUAAAAACUCGAAAUAAAUUGGCUUCCUAGCUAGGAUUAAAGGAAUCUUAGGGUUAUACAUUUAAUGGGGGUGACAAUGAUAAUGGAUACAAAUACUAUAGUAGGCUGUAUAUACCGGCAUGAUAGACAAAAUAAGUGUCGAUCGUCUGCUUAAGGAGAAACCGAUUAUCCGAUAUUAUCUGUUAAUUGUCCGAAUGCACGUCUCCGCCGAUGUUCCAAGAUGGAAACGCUUUACGUUCACCCUAUCUGUCGCAGUUGAAUUUACGUGUUUCGAAAUCUGGCGUUUUACAUGUCCAAGUAUAAUUACACUAGUCUGGAAAACAGGGUAAUUAUUAAUCUCGAACGGUCGCCUGACUACCCUUGGGCCACUAUUAGCGAAGUAGAAUGUUCAUGCGUUGUCGCCAAGUAAGAUAACUGACUCCUUUCGUUCCCCCUUCGCGUAAAAAAAAAGAUUCUUUUGCCGACAACGCGCAAGUUCCCAUCAUUCUUUCUUAAUCAGACCAUCGAAUUAUUGUUGAAUGUAAUAAUGUGAAAGCUUACACCUCGCAGACACACAGCCUCUGCCACUAAAUGUAUAUAAAGAUGUUAUAUACACAGAAGAGAUAUAGAGAGAGACUCGUUUUUUAAUUAGUCGAAAGUAAAUACGUUCGGAAAGAAAGAAAGCAAGAAAAAAAAAGAAUAUAUGAAACUUAUAUCACAUUCCGGAGAAACGAGAUACUUGAAUUCGCUUCGGUUGUCGUAUUACUGUAUUACCAUCAACUAGAAAAGAAAGAGUGAAAGAUUUUAGGCGUUUAUAUUUUAUUCAGGCGAUAUUUCCUGAUUAUAUACAACUACACUGCAAGAAAGACUUCAAAGUUCAAACAAGCGUAGCGAUUUGUAAGGGAUUGGUAUCUAUAUGUAAUAUAUACAAAUUGAAGUGGAAGACGGGGAGCUUUGAAUAGUGCCUGCUUAAAACCCAAUUUAUUAUAUAUCUCAGACAACUAGGUAUGGUCGAAUAAUUAGUCGUUUGCGACGUUGCACGUUGGAUCCGAAUCCGGCAGAUCGGUCAGCAAGAGACAGCAAUCCACAAAAAUGUGAUCUUCUUUUGCGAGACAAGAAAUAAGUAGAUAAGAGUUUACACAUCUUGCAUCAUCUUCUCUAGUAUUAAAUGUCGCUGAACAGGUCCAAGUAUCAAUAUUAAUAAAUAAUAAAGCUGACGAUUAAAAGUACGUUCGCACAAAUGGUAAUAAAGACCGAUUUCCCACUGAACCGCGCGGCUCCUUGACCAAUCGAUCCGUUUCUGCCACGUGUGCGAUGUCGCAAACGAGACGUUUCAUAGAGUGAUCGUAGCGCGAUACCGGAAAAGUAUGCACACUUAAAAAAAGCUUUGACUACCUUAAUAUUGUAUAAAGACGACAGAACGACGCGACGAAAGAAAAAAAAAGAGUGUAUCUGAAGACUAUUGGUGAAGAAGGGUGAACACGAAAUAAUUAACAAGUAGUUACAAGCUACAAUCGAGCUCAAUAGCGCGUUUACGUUGGUGAACCUUUCACAAUAUCGUAUCGACAAGCUUGCGUCUGUAUUUAAUUUAUGUUAUACGGGGAUACGCCGCCGCGGUUGCAACGGUCGUAUUUCAUAGGUUUGCUAUUCUAUAAAGCGUUUGUUAACAUACACCGUAUUCUUCCCCUGUUCUACGCGAGAUUUCCCAUUAUUUGAUAUUAUUAAGUGUACAUAAAAAAAAAGGUGGUAAUUGUAUAUAAAUACUGUUACUGUUCUACAAACUAUAUUAUGUAAUAUGAAUAUAUAAGAAAAAAAAUUGGUUAUUUAGUAUAACUUUGAUUGUGAGA